AUGGGCGGCGGGACGGACGAGAGGAGAGAGGAUCGCGAGGUCGGGGAGGAAGACGAGGAUGUGAGAGCACCUGGAGUGGGGGAUCCGGCCGGGACGAGAGAGGAGAGAUUCCCUCGAAGAGCGAGCAUAGAUACCCAGGAGAGAGAAGGGGGUGAGAGGGGGGACGCGAGGAGCAGAGAGGGGGGAGACGAUGAAGUGACGACACAGACGGACGGGAGUACCCAGAUUGGGCGGAGGAAGAGGGAAGACCGAAGCCGUGCGGAGAGAACGUGCUCCAGAGGGACUACGUUGAGUCACCCAAGAGAGAGAGGUGUCGUUGAUUAUGUGCGGAGGGAGAGACGUAGAAGACAGAGUCUAGAGCCCGGUAUGGAGAGAGACGAGAUGAGACAGAGGGUGGGGGAGAUCGAGACCAGCAGCAGGGCCCCCAGAGCCAGAGAGGAAGAGGAGUGGAGUGAGAUGGCAGGAGGAGAAGACCAGGACCAGAAGCCAGUGACCACCCAGAGAGAUGAGCCAGCAGACAUCGGCAGAGGGAGACCAGAGAGGAAGUGGAGAGUUGAGGGAGUCCAAGAGAGGGAGGGACCAGACGAUGGGGGGAGACGGAGGAGAUAG